GGAGCGAGCGCCGUGCGCGGUGACGUGUGGCAGCUACGUGUGCGGAAGUGGCGGCGGUGCCGGGGCUGGCGGUGCCGGCGGGGGCGAGCCGUGAUGCUGCUGAAGGCGGUGAUCCUCAUCGGGGGUCCGCAGAAGGGGACCCGGUUCCGGCCGUUGUCCUUCGAGGUGCCCAAGCCGCUCUUCCCGGUGGCUGGGGUGCCCAUGGUGCAGCACCACAUCGAGGCCUGUGCCAAGGUGCCUGGCAUGAAGGAAAUCCUGCUGAUGGGCUUCUACCAGCCCCAUGAGGCCCUCAGCCGCUUCUUGCUGUCUGCGCAACAGGAGUUCAAGAUCCCCAUCAGGUACCUACAGGAGUACGCGGCGCUGGGCACAGGUGGUGGCAUCUAUCACUUCAGAGACCAGAUCCUCUCAGGUGGUGCUGAGGCCUUCUUUGUGCUCAACGCAGACGUGUGCUCAGAGUUCCCCCUGCAGGAGAUGCUGGAGUUCCAGCAGCAGCACGGGGACGCGCACAGCUUUGUCAUUCUGGGUACCACAGCCAACAGGACACAGGCGCUGAACUAUGGCUGUAUCGUGGCAAACGCAAACACACAGGAGGUCCAGCACUAUGUGGAGAAGCCCAGCACGUUUGUGAGCGAGAUCAUCAACUGUGGCAUUUACCUGUUCACACCUGCCAUCUUCCAGCACAUCGGUGAGGUCUUCCAGAGGAACCAGCAGGAGCUAGUGCUAGAGGAGAACUCUAAUGGCUGGCAGCGUGCAGAAGUGAUCCGGUUAGAGCAGGACGUGUUCACGGCGCUGGCUGGCAGCGGCAAACUCUACGUCUACCAAACCGAUGGUUUCUGGAGCCAGAUCAAGUCAGCUGGCUCCGCUAUCUAUGCCAGCCGCCUUUACCUGAAUCAGUACAGCAAAAGCCACCCAGAGAGGCUGGCCCAGAACAAACCUGGAGGCCCUAUCAUCCGAGGCAACGUGUACAUCCACCCGACAGCCUCUGUUGACAGCACUGCAGUGCUGGGCCCCAACGUCUCAAUUGGGGAGGGGGUGACAGUUGGAGCUGGUGUGCGUGUGCGAGAGUCCAUCGUCCUGCAUGGUGCCUCACUACACGACCACACCUGUGUCCUCAAUACCAUUGUGGGCUGGGACAGCACGAUUGGGCGCUGGGCCCGAGUUGAAGGAACCCCCAGCGACCCCAACCCCAAUGAUCCCUACGCCAAGAUUGACAGCGAGACGCUUUUCCGGGACGGGCGCCUCACACCAUCCAUCACAAUCCUGGGCUGCAGCGUCACUAUCCCUGCUGAGGUCGUUAUUCUCAACUCCAUUGUCCUUCCUCACAAGGAGCUGAGCCGCAGCUACAAAAACCAGAUUAUUCUCUGAGUCAGCAGCUCACUGAGUUGGGGCAAGGGGUGAGGAGGGCACACCAACCCCACCCACUUCCUGCUGUGCUGUAGAGCAAGAGACUGGGCUGUGGCCUCAGCACCUGGGAGGCUCCCAGCACCCCUGGAGGGGUAGAUGCAGGCCAGGAACCCUACAAGUGCCUGAUUCUUACUCCUAACAGACAUUAAAGCUGGUGAGCAUCA